CGCCUUUGUGGCGCGUUCGGUUCGCUCCCACUUCCGUCCAUGGCGAUCCUCGGCAUCGGCGUCGACGUGGUCCAUGUGCCGCGGAUACUCGCCCUCAUACAGCGCAGGGGACCCGAACCUUUUGCAGCGAGGAUCCUCAGCUCUCUAGAAAUGCAGGAUUGGCGCGCUUUGCGCUCGAGCGACUUGCUCGUCCAGGCCAGGUUUCUUGCGGUCAGGUGGAGUCUAAAAGAAGCAGGAUACAAGGCCCUGUAUCCUGCAGAUAUGCCGACCUGGAAAGAGUUCUCUGUCCUACGACAUGUCAAGAAACCUGUCUUGUUAUACAAGCCGAAGGGUGUCUCAGCCACCGCGCAAGCGGCCUUUCAUUGUUCGGUCAGCCAUGAUGGGGGUUAUGUCUUCAGUACUGUCUUGGUCGAACAGUGUUGAAGCAUAUUGAUGACUUUAUCAUCACU